GGGCCGGCCCGAGAGAUACAGGAUCGACUAGGCCUAUAUAUAGUUGAGAAUUUGUAACACAUGCAAUUGAUCACAUAGAUUGGGUUUCUCAUUUCUCCAAAAAUGGAAACGAAGAGAGCCGAACUCGUAUUCAUCCCCUCUCCGGGGCUGAGCCACCUCGUCUCCACCGUGGAGACGGCCAAGCUCCUCCUCCGCCGCCACCGCCGCCUCGCCGCCACCGUGCUCCUCAUCCCAAACCCCCGGCCCACCGACGCCUACAUACAAAACAACUCCUCUCUCACUUCAUCAUCUCGCCUCCGAUUCAUUAAUCUCCCCGAAUUAAAACAACCACAACCGCACAACCAUUUCUUCUUCGAUACAAUCGAUAAUCAAAUCUCCAACGUUAAAGAAGCAGUCUCUAAUCUCAUGAAACACUCCAACUCUCAAGUAGCCGGUUUGGUGCUCGACAUUUUCUGCACCAAAUUCGUCGACGUCGCCGCCGAGCUCCGCCUCCCGAGUUACCUCUUCUUCACCGCCUCCGCGGCCACGCUCGGCCUCUUCCAACACCUCGUCUCCCUCGAACGCGAGGAUCGUCUGGCGCGGCUCGGGAGCUCCGAUGCUGAGCUGGAGGUUCCUUCCUUCUCCGUCCCCGUCCCCGCUAGGGUUCUGCCGGCGGUUUUCGUGGACGAGAAUUUGAAGCCGGAUGUCUUUUUAUAUUGUUUCAGCAGAGUUUCGGAGAUGAAGGGGAUCAUGGUUAACACUUUCUACGAGCUCGAAACGCAUGCUGUUGAAGCGCUGCUGUCUGAUCCGAACACGCCGGAUAUUUAUCCGGUGGGGCCGGCGUUGGACGUUGACGGAGGUGGCGGAGUUCUCGACGACGAUGUGAAAAAAUGGCUGGACGAGCAGCCGGAAAGUUCUGUGGUUUUCCUGUGCUUUGGGAGCAUGGGGAGUUUGGAUGGAGCUCAAGUGAGAGAAAUCUCUCUCGCUCUAGAAAAAUGUGGAUGUCGAUUUUUGUGGUCGUUGAGGACGAAGACGGCGGCGGCGGAGGUGCUGCCGGAGGGGUUCUUGGAGAGGACGAGGGCGGUGGGGAGGGUGAUCGGGUGGGCGGCGCAGGUGGCGGUGCUGGCACACGCGGCGGUGGGGGGUUUCGUGUCGCACUGCGGGUGGAACUCGACUCUCGAGAGCGUGUGGUUCGGGGUGCCGAUGGCGACUUUCCCGCUCUACGCGGAGCAGCAGCUGAAUGCGUUUUAUCUGGCGGGGGAGGUGGGGGUGGCGGAGGCGAUCACGCUGGACUAUAGGAUGGAUUUGGCGGGGAAGGGGGCGCCGGAGGCCGUGGGGUGGGAGACGGUCGCGGCGGGGAUACGGCGGCUGAUGGCGGAGGGGGGGAGUGGGGUGAGGAGGAAUGUGGCGGAGAUGCGGAGGAAGGCGAGGGCGGCGGUGGUGGAGGGUGGAUCUUCUUACAAUGCUCAAAAUCUUUUUAUUGAAGAUGUUUUGAGAAAUGUUGAUUAGUUUGAUUUCUUGCAUUUAAUUCUAGUAUGAUGCAAUCAAUAAUGUCACAAUCGAUUAUUUAUCCAUAGUAGACAAAUAUAACGUGCUCAGUAUUGAUAUGU